AUGGGGCACUGGCUUCUAACGUUGGCUGUGGCAUGGUGGUUGCGACAAGGUGGCGCUCAGAAGGCGCUCUGCUCACCCCGGUGUGGAAAAGUGGAAGUAUCUUAUCCGUACGGGCUCGAAAUCAGUCGUGCGAGAUCAAGGGACUUUUUGCUCAAUUGCACCUCUCCUGACCAACUAUUGUCGGGGAAUGUCACGGUACUCAAAAUCAAAGUCAACUUCUCGACCAUAGAGGUCAGCCUCCCCGAAGAACAUAACGAUACUCAACUGCGGCUUGCCUUCAGGAAGAGUAUUCCGAUGCUCGACACCUCGUUCGGGAACUUGACGGCUACUCUGGACUGGAAAAUUGCAGAGAACAGGACUUGCGAAGAGGCCAAGUCGAACCAGUCGAGCUAUGCCUGUGCAGGCAAAAACAGGAAAUGCAAGGACUCCGGGGAAGAACGGGGCUACUACUGCCUAUGCGAGGAUGGGUACGAGGGGAAUCCCUAUGAUCGCACCCACGGAUGUCCAGCGAUUAUUCCAGCCUUCUUCACAGCUGUUUGUGCUUUAGUCCUUUACAUGUGGAGGAGGAGAAGCAAAGAGAGGCACUUCAAACGAAAUGGAGGAGAGCUCUUGAAACACCACAGAGUUCAAAUCUUUACAAAGGCAGAGCUAAUAAAAGCAACCAACAACUAUGAUAGCAGCAAUAAGCUUGGUGAGGGCAGUUUCGGUUCCGUCUAUAGAGGGAGAGUAGUUGGGGACACUUUGAUUGCAGUCAAGAAACCUAAAGAUUUGCACAAGUCUGUAAUAAAGAGGGAUUUCCAGCACGAACUUCAAAUUGUGAUGCAAAUAAACCACAAAAAUGUGGUGAAGCUCCAUGGUAUAUGUUUGGAGACAAGAAUACCCUUGCUGGUUUAUGAAUACAUUUCAAAUGGUACCCUCUUCCAACACAUCCAUCAGAAUGCAUCGACCAUCUUGAGAUUGUGGAAAAACCGGCUCAGAAUAGCUACCGAAAUUGCUCUUGCACUUGAGUAUAUGCAUUCUUGUGCAGAACCCCCAAUCAUUCACGGUGACAUCAAGUCGGUGAACAUACUUCUGGAUCACAAUUACUCAGCAAAAGUGUCUGAUUUUGGAACUUCAGUACUAAUAUCACCAGAGCAUAGUAAUAUUGUAGCCACUAAAAUACAAGGCACAUUGGGUUACAUCGAUCCGGAAUAUUUAACCACUGGUAUAAUAACAAUUAAGAGUGACGUAUAUAGCUUUGGAGUUGUCCUUGUGGAGUUGCUCACGAGAAAGAAGCCCACAAGUUUCAUUACUAGGUCCGGAGAGUCGAUCAAUAUUAUCCAUUAUUUCAUCUCUUCUGUGAAGGAUAAAACACUCUCUGAUAUCAUAAACUUCGAGGCUGCCAGUAAAGAUGAAAUGGAGAGAGUAGGAAUGGUUGCUGAGAUUGCAGUGAAGUGCUUGGACCAAACCAGUGCGAAGAGGCCUACAAUGCAAGAUGUGGCUGAGCAACUUGCCAAGAUUAACCGAGAGCUCGACAGCUUGACAGUUGAAGAAAACAAUGAAGAGACCAAAUGCGAAGUGGAUGAAGAAAACCUCCCCUACCAUUCGACUUCAAUUAUUUGCGAGACGAUCCAACAUGGGACCUCAAGCUCUCUUUUCUGAUCAGCGAAUGGAAUCGGCAGGUUCCAACAUCUGAUCCAUAUUACCAUAGCAACAUGUCUAUUAACUGUCCAUAGGGACUUCUAGGGUAUUGUGCAUUCAGAAUAUAAAUUUUGUUUGGCAUUUGCUUUGGACUUAUAAUUGUGCAAGCAUCCGUGUAAGUUUUAAGUGUCACAAUCUAUAUAUAGCAGACUUUACGGAAGGCUGGCAUAUGGCCAUUUUGACAUUAUCAUAAAUCUCUCUUUUCCUUU